AUGACCCUCGAGCCUAACGGAGUCGCUACCGCCAACGGCAAUGGCGCCGUCAAUGGCACUGCCGCGCUGAAGGCGGCCGUCUCGGCGCCGGCUCCUGUGCCCGCCGAGGGCAAGGCCGUCGACCUCUCCCACCACCUUUCUCUUGUCGCUCGCUCGCGCAUGCCGUCCCCGCUGAAGGACAUCCUGACCUACAUGCACCUUCCCGGUAUGAUCUCGCUCGCCGGUGGUCUGCCUCACCCUUCCCUCUUCCCCUUCCAGUCCCUCUCGACCUCCGUCUACCACCCCUCCACCGUGCUCGACCCGGCAAACCCCGUCCCACCAUCCGACGGCAUCACGAUCGACAUUGCGCGAAAGGCGCAGCCGGGCAAUGUGUCCUUCCUCGAGCGCGACCUGCAGUACUCUGGUGCCGCGGGCUUCAAGCCGCUCGCGGAGAUGUGCAAGGCUCUGACGGCCGCGGUGCAGCCCCCGGCCUACGCAGACUGGGACGUGCUCAUCAACUGCGGCUCGACGGACGCGUGGCAGAAGAUUGUGACGCUCCUGUGCGAGCGCGGCGAGACGGUCAUCACCGACGAGCAGAUCUACCCCAGCGCCCAGGCCGCUUUCAUCCCGGAGGGCGUCAAGUGUCUCCCGAUCCCGGUGGAUGACCAGGGCAUGCGUCCCGAUGCUCUCUGCGCCGCCCUCGAUGCGUGGGACACUGCUACGCAGGGACCGAGGCCGCACGUCAUGUACCUUGUCCCUGUUGGCCAGAACCCGCUGGGCUCCACCAUGCAGGCCGAGCGGAGGAAGGAGAUCUACGCCGCCGCGUGCAAGUACGACCUAGUCAUUGUCGAGGACGACCCGUACUUCAUGCUGCAGUUUGAGGCGUGGGACCCGCUGGCUCCCUCUGAUGAGUCGGCUACCCCGCCCGCCGACUUCAUGAGCAAGGUUGCGCGCUCUUUCCUCAUCCACGACACGGAGGGACGUGUGAUCCGCCUCGAGACGUUCAGCAAGACGCUCGCCCCGGGACUGCGUAUUGGAUUCUUCGUCGCCAACUCCAUGUUCAUCGAGCGCCUCCUCCGCGGAACCGAGGUGCAGAACCAGCAGCCCUCGGGCUUCUCCCAGGUCAUCCUUGGCGAGACGCUCGCCCGUUGGGGAACCGAGGGAUACCUCCAGUGGUGUGCUAGACUUUGCGAGCAGUACCGCGUCCGCAGGGACUGGAUGCUCGACGCGCUUAGUAGCGAGCUUGCCCUCACUCCUUCCGCUGAGACGAUGGUUGCUACCAUCAACGGAAGGAAGGUACUCAGCUUCACCCCGCCCAUUGGCGGCAUGUUCAUCUGGUGCACGGUGCACUUUGACGAGCACCCCGGCUACGCCGCGUUUGUCGGCGACGGACCGGACAGGAGGGACAAGGAGCACGAGUUCGAGACGGCGUUCUGGAAGAAGCUGGUUGAUGCCCGCGUCCUCGUCACCCCUGGCUGGUACUUCACUCCCUACGAGGGACAGGGCGUGCCCAGCUCCAACAACGAGCCUGGAAAGGGAUACUUCCGUCUUGCGUACUCGUUUGAGAGCAAGGAGGACAUGGAGGAGGGCAUUCGUCGCCUCGCUAACGUUAUGAAGGCUGAGUGGGCAUAA